AUGAAGAAAAACAAUUACUUAUUGUUUUUUUUAAUUAUUAUUAUAAAUUUUUUAAUUGGCUUUGUAAAUUGUCAGGUUUGUAAUACUUUUGUUAAUUCAGAUUCAAAUUCAGAUUCAAAUGAUUGUGGAACAUCAGAUAAUCCUUGUUCAACAAUUUCACAGUCAAUUUCAAAUUGUGGCCAAUUCUCUGAAAUGUUAAUGACAAUCAGUCCAGGGUAUUAUAAUGUUGAAAAAACAACAUUUGGUGAAAUUACAAAUAAAACCAUUUCAAUAAUAAAUUCAGCCUCACCAGAUAUUAUUGCACCAAAUGUAUUUUUAGAUUUAACAGAAUUAAUAGACCCAUUUAUAAAUAUUCAAAUAAAGAGUAAUCUAGAUGUAAAUAAUAUUACUUUUUAUGGUAUAACAUUUAAGAAUGGUUUAUCUGAUGGAUCUGUUGUAUUAGUGAAUGGUUCAAGUUUAAUAAAUUUAUCAGUUACAAAAUGCUCAUUUUACAGAAACGCUGCUUAUCAUGUAGGUGGAACUUUUGCAUUUUUAAAAAAUAAUUUACCAUUACCUUCACCUUCAUCAACUAAAAAUAGUACCGUUUCAAUCAUUCAAUCAACAUUUAACAACACUAAACUUGUGAAUGCAGUUGGUGGUAUUAUUUAUAGUGAUGGCAUACCAAUUAUUUUUACAAUUGAAGAUUCAAAUAUUUUAAAUUUUGUUUCCAAUGAUAUUGGUAGUAUAUUAAUGAUCAAUAAUGGUUUCUUGUCAAUUUCCAAUACAAUUAUUACUGGUGGUAGUUCAAAUAAUUCAAUUUAUCUAAUUAAAACCAAUAAUAACAACAAUACUUCUACAACUACUCCAAGUAUACCAGUUUUCAAAUUUAGUAAUGUUAAUGUCACUGAUACAUAUGGUGGAAUUGUCAUUCAAAUAUCUGGUGACUCAAGUGCAACGAGUUCAUUUUCAUCUUGUAACUUUGUUAAUACUUUAAACACUUUACCUAUUUUACUAAAGAAUGGAGGUCAAUCAGUAAUUGAUUCAUGUUCAUUUGAAAAUAACAAUAUUAAUAACUACAUUAAUAAUGUUGGUGGUGCAAUCACACUAUUGAAUAACCAAGCAACUAUCAACAAUUGUACUUUUACAAAUAAUCAUGCUCAAAAUGGUGGUGCAAUUUAUAUAGAUCAAUGUGGUACAAAUCAAAGUAGUAAUUAUUUAACCAUUUCCAAUACAAUUUUUAAUGAAAAUUUUGCUAAAAAUGGUUUAGGUGGUUCAAUUUAUAAUUUAAAUUGCACUAUUUCUAUUAAUAAUGUUAAAUUUAUUGAUAAUAAAAUUGAUGGUUCACCACUAAUAAAUGGUAAUGGUUCAAAUAUAUUUUGUGGUUCUUCAAACAUAACUAUAAAUUCAACUGUUUUUUUAAAUGUUCAAAAAACAAGUGAUUAUAAUAAUUAUGGUAUCAAUUGCCUUUCUGAUAAGAAUUCAUGUAAUAUCAAAUUUAAUAUCAACAAUAAUAAUAAUAAUAAUAAUAAUAAUAAAUUUGAAAAUGUUCAAUGUUCAAGUUCAACCAGUCAACCAACCUCAAAAGGAAAUUCUCCACAUGUUUUAACAAAAGCUGAAAAAAUUGGAAUCUCUCUUGGUGUUAUUGGUGCUGUUAUUAUAAUAUCAGUUGUUGUUGUUUUAAUUGCAAGAAAAAUUAAAAGAGAUAGUCAAUAUAAACCAAUUGGUUUACAUUAA